AUGAGUCUUAGAGGAAGGUCCUAUAUAUUGGAAGAAGGGCCAGCAACGACGUCCCGUGACCCUGCGACAUCAGCCGAUAGGCUGGAGCAGUGGCUAGGAAUCAUUGAAAAUGCAUUCCCGGAAACACUUCAGGAAUACGAGGAAUGCCGUCUCAGGACGGCACUGAAACAUAACGUGGCCACCAAGAUGAGCUUAGGGGGAAAGCAUAGAGUUCCUGAGUUCCGUGGUGUCACGGGUAACCGCCUCUCAACAUUGGAUUCCAGGGAUAUAACUGUAGAAUUAGGAGAUAAGAUAGUUGUUCACGCACUGGUUGUGGUAAGAGGUGAUCUUUUCCCAGAAGAUCUACGCCCCGUCAACACCAUAACCCGGAAGAAGCUCCCCGUCAUGGUCUACAUCCACGGGGAGUCUUACGAGUGGAACAGCGGCAACCCUUACGACGGCUCUGUUCUCGCUUCUUUUGGUCAGGUCGUCGUCAUCACCGUCAACUUCCGUCUUGGCGUACUAGGGUUCCUACGUCCUGCCCUACGUGAGAACUACGUCAGUAACUUCGGGCUGCUUGACCAGAUAGCAGCGCUUCACUGGAUCAAGAGCAACAUUGAAAACUUCGGAGGCGACCCAGAGAAUGUGACCAUCUUCGGGCACGGCACCGGGGCGGCCCUCGCUAACUUCCUCCUCAUCUCCCCCGUCGCCCAGGGCUCCCAGGGGUUGUUCCAGCGAGCUAUUCUGAUGAGUGGAACGGCUCUCUCCCGCUGGGCCGUCACUUGGGAGCCUUACAAGUAUACCAUCCAGGUGGCCAAGGCGCUGGGGUGUCCACUGAACGAUCGAGGCGACAUACUUACCCAGUGUCUCCAGCGCAAGAGUGUGGAGGAGCUGUUGUCUGUGAACCUGCAGACACCCCCCUUCACCACUCCCCUUGGGCCUAUUAUCGACAAUGUUAUCGUACACCAACGGCCCAUCGAGUCGAUGAAGAGGGACACGUCGGUGUUCGGGAAGUAUGACCUCCUGUACGGGGUGGCGCUGGCCGAGAGUCACCACAUGUUGAACUCCGCCGAGGUCCGCAACGGUAUGAACAUCGACAGACGCAACAGACUCCUCAGAGCUUACAUCGCCAACAACUUUGACCACCACGCAUCACAGAUCUACUAUUCGGUAAUCAACCAGUACACACCAUGGAAUCAGUCACCCUUGGAAGACGAACGGAAGGUGAGAGAUCAGACGCUGGAGAUCCUAAGUGACGCCCAGAUCACUGCUCCAGUUAUCCAGAUGGCCGACCUCCACUCCAACAUUAACCAGAGGAGCUAUUUUUACGUCUUUAACCACCAGAGUAUCUACGGCGAUUACCCAGUGUUACAAGGGACGGUACACGGAGAGGAGCUGCCCUACGUGUUCGGGGCGCCUUUGGUCGGCGGCUUCAACCAUUUCGGCCUCAACUACACCCUGGACGAGGUCUUCCUCUCCGAACUCGUCAUGACCCACUUGACCAACUUCGCCAGGUCAGGGAACCCCAACCUGCCCACCCCACAGGAAUACAAGACACCGGGCUCUAAUCUUAACUGGGUUGAGAACAUGAAGAUGAUGUGGCCGCCCUACGAGAAGCAGCUCCAACAGUACCUUCAUAUAGACAUGCAGGUGGUAAUGAAGCACCACUACCGUGCCCAACCGAUAGCCCUCUGGAACAACCUUAUCCCCAACCUCAUCAGCUCAAACCAAGGUCCUCCUGUGCCCCUUCCCCCUGGUGCCACGCCCCCUACCAUUACGCUGGUGCCCACGAUCAAGCCUACGCUCCCGAUCCCCUUCACUGAACAUCCCCCCACUUACCCCGACAAUGACUGGCACAUACCGGGGAAGCCGAAACCGCCGCAGAAACCCGACUACCCAGACACAUACCCAGAAGAACCAGUGGAAUCGCAGGCAGUUACCCCCACACCCCCACCACCAGUUGUUGCGGGGACUCCCAUCAGCAUCGUCAUAGUGGUGGGUAUCUGUAUACUGUUUAUCAACUGCUGUGCCAUGGGCGGCGUUUACUACCAGAGGGAUAAGAUCAGACAUCAGUCGAGGUUAUUAAGGAAAACACUUCGACCGCGUAAAGCAGAGGAUUCUGAGGAGAGAGUCUCUGACGCCGCUACUUCUACCACUCAAAAGGAAAGAACGCAUAGGAAAAAAGGAAGUCGAUCUGAUUACGAAGUGAGUGAUGAAAUACAUUCUGACUCUGUGUCUCGAGCAUCUGGGGUAUCUAGAGAGUCAACAAUGAGGAGGAAACACUCUCAACCGGCGCAUGAUACAGCGUCAAAACAUGAGACUCCCAAGAGUUCCCUCAAGAGUACUAAGAGUCCAAAGAGUGGACACAAGCGGCACAAGAGCGAGAACUCCAUAUACAGUGAGAUUGGGAAGACAGCAGAUGUGCACGUGCAUGCUGAGGAAGCAGGACCCUCGCGCUCCAAGCAUGCCAAGAACCCCACUGUCAAAUUCAACACGCUGGGCGCUAGUUUGCCUCCUAAGGCCGUCACCAAGAGCACAACUUCCAUCACUUCUAAAGCGUCGAUCAAGAGUAACACUUCGCGUGCUUCUGUGAAAAGCACAGCUUCCCGUUCUUCCAUCAAGAGCACUUCUUCAGAAAAGCGUCUUAAAAAGAAUGCGAGCUGCCAAAGUUUACCCACAGCAGAAUAUACUUGGGGCAUAACCCCAGAGAUGACGAUGACGGAGCGAGAUGACCCUGAUGGGCGAGACGACCAGCGCAGUCCUGCUGACCGACAACAAACACUUGUAGCCAUGCAGAAACUAAACUACCCUAAAGUGUUACCAGACCGACCCGAAGUCGUACACGCUGCGACUUUACCAAAAAUGAGACCGCCUCCUCCACCUCGAUCAACGUCCCUCACCGCGCAUGAUAUACAAGAACUGGAGGACAAAGUUCACGUAGUCUACCGUAAAAAAAGAAACCCAAGAAGAGAUGCUUCUACAGACUCGUGUGACCUGAGCGGAGUAGACAAUAUUUAUCUAAUGGGUGCAGAUGUAGUGCCCUCAGCUUCUAUGUAUGGAGCGCCUGCUGCCACUGCUACUGUCAGCAGAACACGAUCUCGUAAAACCGACGGAACUUCAGAUUACGGACGUACCGGAGGCACAACAGAGUAUGUUCGUUCUGGAACUACGGGCGAAUAUGGACUGUCAGCUGUUGCCCUGGAUUUUGGAAGACCUGCAGCAGCAACAGAUUACUGUCAUCAAGGCGGCAGCCCAGGAUACGGUGGGUACACAACUUACGAGCCAACAUACAUGUAUAAGGAUAGCACAGUUCCCUCCCCUCCUAAAACCCCCACCACCCCACAGCCUGGAGAUGCCACCAAGAUCUUCGGGUAUGGUGGACCUCGAGUGCCUCGCGUGCCACUUGCCACAUUCGGCAAGAUAAAUAAUCAUUCUCCCGGGGACGGGUCAUCUCACCCAGAACAAGGACGACCACGUCCAACUUAUGAGAGCAGUACCACAUCUGUACCAGCACCAAACACUGCAGCAGCAGUUACAGCUGCAGCACAAACUGCACUGGCUACUGCAACAGCCCCAGCGUUUGUAGGUGCGUCAAACACUAAUAGAUCAGCGCCACGAGGCACCGUUACACCUGCGCCUGCGGCCACGCAUACAGUGGCUCUUCGGCAGCAAUCAUCCACCACCUCUGGCUCGGACACGGGAACAGUUUACGAACAGAGUGAGAAUACCGGUACGAUAAAGCGCAGAAAGUCAGUGAAAAAGGAAAAUGUCACCAAAAGUGUUGUAACUCAAGACACAGACAAGCCCUAUGAUAAGCCCUUGAAAGGUGUAUUGAAGCAAACUUCUGCUUAUGACAAACCCAAACCCUUGAUGGCGAAAGCUCCAGGCGCUUCCCCCAGCGCAUCAGCGUCCAGCCUCAGCAGCAACACGAGUGUCGAGGUGGGCAGUGGAGCAAGUGGCACCAACGAGACCGCCCAUGAACCCCUCCAGAAGACCCCAUCCGUGAAGAAAGGGACACGCGUAGCUACGCCAGGAAUCAGACGGAAGAAUAAAAGUGACAACCACACCACAACCGCAACUAUGCAAACAGACUCACCCAAAUGAAGAGAUUAUGUACCUUAUUAAAAAAAUUACUUGUUGAUCCCGUGAGUGAUUCUCACUCGGGAAUUUAAUUUUGGAGUCAAAACCGUGUUGGUUGGGUCCGUCACUUCAGACAGACUCGAUCGUUAGAGUUCCUCUUGACCUUUGAGGAGAAGACUCAGGACUUUGGUACUUUUAAGAUUCCUAUAUUUCCCGCGAGACUACCAGUUGUUGUUCCAUCUGGGUGUUUAUUUUAUUUAUUUUUUCACCCGGCUGCCCUCUUACCUCGUCUUGGAGGCCCAGCUGCCCAAGCAACACACCUCGCCUUAGGAGGGCCCAGGUUGUCCCCGCAACUCUGUUCUCCUCAAAGCGUAACUUGUGUUCAUGUUGUCACAACGGGUCAGACGAAUGGUUCCAAGAUGGUGUCUAUUUUUUACUCUGCUCUGAGAAGGUUUUUUAUUCACUCAUAUAUGUCCAUGAAGUUUUUUGUAUAUUAUAGACUUUUGUUCUGCCUGACGAUGGCGUCAUUUUCCAUAAUGAUUCAAAUCAGAGGUAAUCCUAUGUGUUCACAUUUCGUGUUUUCUUGUAGUUUUCCAUCAAAUUUCCAGAGGCAUUCCCGUGGUCCUCGUAAUACUGUAUGCACCAAUAAUUAUGCAUCCAAACAACGAAUGUUGUAAAUAAUGUUCAGUAACAAACUGCUUUUAAAUCAAUGCAACAAGUGGAGAGGAUGAUCUGUAACAUAGGUCAAGUUUCUUAUCUAAAUCAUGGAACAAACCGCCAGCCUCCCCCGUAAUGUGUUUCAAUCAACAGUAUUUGAUUCUGUACUCCGUAAAGUGACGCAGAUAAAGAAACAAAUGUCUUUUACAACGAAAAAUUCCUUUUGUUACAAUGUCCAAAGGUCUCCGAACAACACAGUGGAGACUUACAGCCACCACCACUACCUACUGCUACCACCGCUACCUACUACUACCACCACUUCUGCUACUACCACUACCUAC